AUGCCGUGGAUAUUCAGAUACUUGAGGGGCUAUUCUAAUGCUUACUUGCAUUUUGGUAGAAAUACGGAUGGAGUCACUAGAUAUGUAGAUUUAGAUUAUGUAGGGAAUCUUGAUAAGAGAAGAUUACUUAUAGAGGCAGAGUACAUAGCCAUUACAGAGGCAUGUAAGGAGGCUAUGUGGUUAAGAAGAUUGAUUGGUGAAAUCAGUGAAGACUUACAGUUUUCUACAGUGUAUUGUGAUAGUGAGAGUGCCAUUUUUUUGAAUAAGCAUCAGAUAUUUCAUGAGAGAACUAAGCACAUUAAUGUGAUGUAUCAUUUUGUGUGUGAUGUGAUUGCUAAUGGUGAUAUUGUAGUGAGGAAUGUUGAUACCAAGAAUAAUCCUACUGAUAUGAUGACAAAGUCACUUUCCAUUGAUAAGUUUGAGCAUUACUUGAACUUAGUUGGUGUUCGUCAUUGA